AUAAGACAGUGGCUGCCAUCAGACACCAGUUUAUGGAUACAGUGAUAAUCUGACUGCCAUUCUGAGAGUGCAUUUUUGGACAGCAAAAUUUAAGAGCCAGAGCAGGAUGGCCGAGGCCAGUAGCAGCAGUAAUGACAUGGACAUGGUGUCCGUUGAAGAUCUCUCCAUGAGAGAAGCUUUAAAGAUGUGUCGAGAGACGACCACCAUUGAGACGAUCAUUGCCUUAACAAAACAUGAAAAUCCCAUCGUCAGGCAAAAUGCGCUCAAGCAAAUGUGUCCGUGUAGGGUCAAGGAGGACUUGUCCGACUUCUGGGCCAGAGUUCUGCAGAUGACACAUGACGAGGCAGACAAUGUAAGGCAGCAGGUUCUGCACACACUCUGUGAUGGGUCACCAAACCACAUGGAAUAUGAGGUGAUAGCAGCUGUAGAGGAUUUCAACAGGGAUCCUAACCCCAAGAUCAGGCGAACAGCACACAAGGUCCUCGGAACAUACCGCAAGAAGAGGAAAUGGAACAUCUUGUGAGAGCCUCCCCGAAGAAAUUUCAGUUGAGGAAACUGCAAUGCGGAUGUAUCGUCCCAGAGAGAGUGGAGUCACCGAGUCAAGAUGGCGCUGUGCUGGAAACCACAGUGAUUUCGCAUGGCGCUGCACGGGAAACUGCAGUGAUUGUAUAAUCAUCCAAGAGUGAACCAAGAAGGUCAAGGAUGUGUUGAGUUUUGAUUUGAAUUGAGAGAGACUUAGUUUCUACUCCAUGCAAGAUUGUUUUGAAAAUCUAAACCAGAGAUAUUGGACAGUAUUUUUGGAUCAAAAAUUUGUCAGUUCCAUUCUAUUUGACCUCUGUGAUUGUAUAAUCAUCCAAGAGUGAACCAAGAAGGUCAAGGAUGUGUGGAGUUUUGAUUUGAAUUGAGAGAGACUUAGUUUCUACUCCAUGCAAGAUUGUUAUGAAAAUCUAAACCAGAGAUGUUGGACAGUAUUUUUGGAUCAAAAAUUGGUCAGUUCCAUUCUAUUUGACCUCCGCAAUCAAAACAUCCCUCUAUUAUGAAGAAAAGUUAACAUCAGUUCAAAGGAUGUCCUUUAAUAAAUAUAGUGGUUUUACUGGAUUUGAAAGGUAUAAACAUAAUCAUCUCUGCAGCCAACCACAAUUAUGUCCUCAAUACAAACAGGGGAUGAGAACACCUCGCCAGGAAGAUGUCUUUGAUACAUCAUCUCCCCAGACAUGACAUCAAGAAUAUACAUUGUGCCUCUAGUGGAGAAAAAACAAACUAUUGUCACGCAUUUUUCACAAGAUUUUCCUCCACUGCAAUGACACGAUUUAUUCCUAAUUUGUUGAGUUUCUUUUGAAGGGCUGUCAUUUGUUCUCAAAUGAUCAUCACAAGUUUUACUGGCAGUCACAUCACACACUCUUUCCUCUGUUCCUUCAAAACGUGUUUUCAGUUUAUCCUUGGCAGUUAAAGAAAAUGUGAAUGGGGUUGCAAAUACUGAGGAAUCUGCCAUAAACUUCCAUUUGCACUGUCCUGAUUGGUCGAGACAAUAAACACACGAGUCAUGUGAUCCAAAGAUGAUCAUUUGAUUGGUUGUCGUGAGGCAAGGUGAGGAAAAGACCGGUCCUCCUGUCUCGUAUUUCCAGAUCUGAAAAGAAUAUCACGUGAAGGUCAUUAUCUUACUGCAAAUUAUAUCUGGGCCGGGGCAAUAUUUACACACAGAAGAACGUUUCUGGUAAAAAAGGGUGACACAAUUCUAAAAUACAAAACUACAAAAUACAAAACUACAGGAAGUACGCCAACCAGACUUCUGCAGACCUUUUAAUCAUUUUAGUAGAAGAAAAAGAAUUAAAGGUCAUUUUUGAGAUUCUUGGAAAAAGCAUUAUGUCAUUUGAAUUUGAAUCAAACAAAUCAAUGGUGCUAUUUCAUCACACCAUUUCUUCAAAUGGAAAACCUCCAUGCUGAAAAAUUUAGAUGUCUGUGAUUUUAGUUCACCCUUCAAGUCAUCUUUUAGUGCCAUAUGAAGAAGACACUCACCAGACUUCCUGCAUGGUUAACAUAGUAGAGGCAUCCAUCUACACAGCCAGCUAUUAUCCCAUCAAGAGUGGCACACGGGGAUGAGAAGACUGGCUUUUUGGUGUUGUAGGUCCACAGCAGGUCACCAGUAUCCUAGAAAGUAGAAUGAAAAGUAGAUACAUGCCCAGUUGUCUUCUGAUCUAUUUUACAAGGAACAAUAAGUUAGUCUCUGUUGAAUAAUGUGUCUAGCUGCAUAGCUAUUUCCAAAUACGAAUCGGCUAUCACAGCCUGACAAAAGCUUAUGUAACGCAUUGUAUGAACAAAGAAACUAUGUCUUUCAAAAUAUUCCUUUAUCAUAAAGUAAA